CAUGGGAGAAAACCUGAGGAGAAUGUGAAAAUGUAUGUACAGAAAAGAAACAAUGAUGUCGACAGUGUGGCUUGUGGAGAUAAUGCCUGCGGCAUCUCUGGGUCAGGAUGGAAUCUGCCUCAGCCAGUCAGUAAAGGCUGCCAGCUGAAUGGCUCUCUGUAUGAAAAAACACAGGGAGGAGGUGUGUGUGGGGGAAGGUGUUAUAUUAAGAAAAUCAGCAACUCCAGUAGGUGGUGUAAAUAUACUUUUGAAAACCUAUAAAAACGUCAUUUUUCCAGAAAAAAAACUGUAUGAGAUGUUUAUUGUAGAAGCAGGAAGUGAGGAUCGUAGAUGAGUACAUAACUCUUGUUGUGUCACAGACAAGAGCCCUGAGACUUAAAGGCACAUGGCUUCUGAGGAGCCUCCCUCUGACAAUCAUGAGCCCAAAGAACCAGUUGAAGAUACCGAACCCAGCACUUUACCAUAUGAAACUACAGAGACGUAUCCUCUGCAAGAUACAGGACUUCCUAAAGAUGAAUGCCUUAUUCCAACGGAAAAUAUAGAUGAUUUCGAUGAAACCUCCACGUCAGACUCAGACAGAAUCAAGCAGCCAGAAGAAAAUGACUGUCCCUUAAUGACCAUAAGUGCGCUAACAGGUUUAUCCAGGAUCAAUAACGUGUGCCAAGAAAGCAGCGAGAAUUGCAACUUAGCCCCAACUAUAAGCGAUAUUCUGAAUGAUGAGGAUCUGCUGUACAUUCUGAAGCUGAAGCUUGAUCCUUGCCACCCAACCGUAAAGAACUGGAGAAACUUUGCCAGCAAGUGGGGAAUGAGUUACGAUGAAUUGUGUUUCCUGGAGCAGAAGCAACAAAGUCCCACAAUUGGAUUUUUAUUACGGAACAGUGAAAGGACAGUGGAGCAACUGAUUGACCUGUGCAAGCUUUAUCAAAGGGCUGAUGUCCAGAAGGUGUUAUCAAAAUGGGUAAAUGUGGAUUGGCCAAUGAGAGUAUAUAAAAAACCACAAGAGCAGUGUAUAUCAUGAAAUCAUUUGGACUACUGACACACAGCAGUGUAAAUUAGAAGAAUGCUCCUUUCCACUGACAGGGUGUUGGGCUACUCUCACUGUACUUGUACCAUCUCUCCACCAGGAUGAUUCUCACUAGCACCAUACUGUGAUCUUCAGUAUUUGCUAGAACAUUAAGCAUAAAUCACAUUGUAUUUUUUAUAAGAAAGAACAGACAUGGACUUUGUGGUGUUUAUACAAAUGGCCUGCAGGUGUCACUGUGCACAAGAGUUAUACUGUCUACAUAGUACUUUCUAUA